UAGACGUUGUCGGGAAGCUGAGAAGAAGAUUACAAGGCUCUAUGCGCAACAUUUAAAUGGUUAAAGAAAAAAAGGGGUGAAGCAAAUAGUCAAGUUGGUUGUUAAAGAUAAUCCGAAUAGGAACUGUAGUGAUGAGACCAUUGAUGCAUGUCUCGACGGGUUUGAUAUUCGCUAUUCGCUAUCUUGAUUGGAAUAAAGCCGACUUGUGCGUCGAUACUAUACGCAAGAAAGCGCCUAAUGUAGCACAUAUAUGGCUUCAUUCCAGCGGUAGCAACGCUGUGCUUUGGUCCUGGUCUGAUAGCAGUGGUCUCCGAAGCUUACCAAAGCUAAGCCAAGUUUACCUAAAUGCUAGGAAAGGGUUAGAGAGUUAUAAGCUAAACGAAGAGAAUAUAUAUAACUUUAAAGAACGUUUAAGACAGGCAGUCAAUAGUCUACACCCGUCAAAGAUAAAAGUUAUAGAAUCGAUUGAGAGACCGCCGAAACCCCGAAUUACUCCUCGUCUCGAUAGCAGCUUCGAUGUUAGGUCACAAGACCGUCAUCAUUGGAUGAAUAAUAUUAGAGAUUUCGCGGCCGAGCUUCGGACGGAACUUGGGGUUAAUUAUAACCAACGCAGGCCAAAGGUCGCUAUAAUCGACGAUGGUGUGAAUCCUGAAGGAGAAUUCCUAGGCCAGAGGAUUGCUCAUGGCUGGCCUCCUGACGAACCAAAGUCAAACUCUGAGCCGUUCUAUGCCUCCGCGCGAGGCCACGGAACGCAGAUGGCCAAGCUUAUUUGCCACGCAUGUCCCUUCGCUCAGUUGUACGUCGCUAAGCUCGACGGUUGGAAAGACCCGGACCUCCCCCACCCUCUCAACAUCGUCGACACGAACAAAGUGCACUACCUCUUCCCGGGGGAAGUCAUCCUCGAGAACGACAACAAGACCAUUACCGGAAGUAGCGCGGCCACCGCUCUAGCCGCAGGGACCGCCGCCAUGAUUCUCUUCUGCUACGAGCUCGGCUACGGCAAGAUGGAGACCAUAGGUAGCUAAGCCGGGACGCAUGGGCCAGUUGUUCAACAGCCUGAAGAAGUCGACGAAAUACGUCGAUGUUGAGUCGAUCCUCAAGCCGGGACAGACGCCGGAACUCGUUGUUAAGGAGUGCGCGGCGCGCGUAAAGGAGAUUAGGGACGAGGAGAAUCUCCGCGCGGCCCCGGAUCAUCGGACUUCCGGUGGGUUAGAUCCGAACGGGUCGACGGCUUCAUUUGCGCCCCCGAUAAGGAGGACUACUGGACAUUUGGUUGUCUCCGGAGGGCGGUAGUUGAUAUAAGAUACGGAUUGAAAAGUUGAAGGUAUCCGACAUGCUCCUUAUUUAAACUCAAGUUUUAAAUAUAGAUAGGAUAGUAGAAGGGGAAUAGUGUUCGACUAGAACGUAACAUUUCCCUGAUAAGAAGGGAUGGGGAGAGACUAACAGCCUUCAUCCCUAGAGACGAGUCAUUAAUAAUAAUGAUAUUAAUAGAAUAUACAAGCAAACAGAGCAAUACCGAAGCUACCAGAUACCUUAUA